AAGUUGUAUUUCAUUAUUUCGUCUCAUUCGGGAAGAACCAAACGGAACUAGAUAAGGUUUUUCUAGUUCAGGUGUGAAGUGGCAGCUAGCAAAAUUGUCAACAUACGUUAACAGCUCCAAAGUUUUGCUGGAACUCAGGAACUGUCAGACAAUGUAUUUUGCAUACACUAAAUGGCAUUUAAAAACCCGUUAAGCACACGGCCAUAAUUAAGCCGCGGACACUUGAGACUCGACUGCAACAAAAGCUAAAACUAAAACAACAAAAAAAAAACUAACUGCAACUGCAACUGCAACUGCCACAAAACAAUAGAGAGAGAGAAAACCAAUUGUGGCUUAAAUGCCGGUCACGAUCUUGGCAUACAGAUUGCAAUUUUGAAUUUGCAAAAAUCGCCGAUCAAAAGUAUUUGAACCUUGAAGUUUAAGCGUUCGCUGCUGCGGCUGCAACAUGCUGCGGCUAAUGGUCUGGCUGGGACUGGGUCUGAGUGUGGCCCUGUGCCCCUCGAGCGUCGAGUCGGCGCAGAUACUUGGCCUGUUCGGACAUCCCGGCAAGAGUCACUUUGAUUUCUUUCGGCCCAUGUUUGUGGCGCUGGCCGAACGGGGUCACAAUGUCAGCAUGUACAGCUAUUUUCCGCUGAAACAGCCGAUGGCCAAUUACACGGACUACGUAUUCGAGGGCAUGUCGCUGCUCACGGACUUUGUGGAUCUGCAGACCUUCGAGCGGCAGUCGGAUCGGCUGCUGGGGCAACCCUUCAAGGUGCCCACCUUCUUCAUGCUGCACGAUUGGGGACUGCGCUCCUGCCGUGUGGCCUUGAACUCGCCACUGAUUGCCCAGCUGCUUAGCUCGCCGCAGCGCUACGAUGUCAUCAUAUUGGAGCACUUCUCCAAUGAUUGCCUGGCCGCGGUGGCCCAUCUGCUGGAUGCUCCGGUCAUCGCCUUGAGCAGCUGUGCCAUUAUGCCCUGGCACUAUAAGCGCAUGGGCACGCCCUUUAUUAAUUCCAUCAUGCCCAUGAAUUUUCUGACCUACACGGAUCAGAUGAGCUUUGUGGAGCGUCUCAAUAACUUUUUUCACUUUCACAUUGUCAACACGCUCUACAACUUUAUAACACAACCAGCCACAGAUGCGAUGAUCAGCCAACGCUUUGGCUUCGGCCUGCCACCGAUUAAUGAGAUUGUGAAGAACACGAGUCUCAUGCUUAUCAAUCAGCACCACGCACUCACGGGUUCACGGCCCUAUGCGGCGAAUGUAGUGGAGGUGGGCGGCCUGCAAGUGGGUCCAAGCAAGCCACUGCCCAAGCACCUGGAACGUAUUUUGGAUGCAUCCAACUUGGGCGUGAUUUACAUAAGCUGGGGCUCCAUGGUGAAUCCGAGCACUCUGCCUGCAGGCAAGCUGCAGGCGCUCUUCGAUACCAUCUCCCAGCUGCCCGGCUACACUUUCGUGAUGCGCUGGACAAAUCAGACGCUGGCCGAGAAUAAGCCCAGCAAUCUGCACACCUACGAGUGGCUGCCCCAACGGGAUCUGCUGUGUCAUCCCAAGGUAAAGGCGUUCGUCUCACAUGGCGGUCUACUGGGCACCACGGAGUCAAUUUAUUGUGCUGUUCCCAUGCUCGUAACGCCCUUCUACGGAGAUCAGUUUCUGAAUGCCGGCGCCGUUGUUCAGCGCCGCUUUGGUGUCAUUGUAGACUUUGCAGAUUUUGAUGAGCCUCAUCUUACCCAGGCGCUACGCACCAUAUUGCACGAGGGCUUUGCAACUGAGAUGAAACGCUCGACCAUUGCCUUCCGGGAGCGUCCCCUGGAGCCCCUAGAGCUGGCGAUCUGGUGGAUCGAGCACGUGAUCGCCUCAAGCGGUGCCCCACUCUCGCAGAGCGUGGCAAGACAUAUCAAUUGGUUUGUUUAUAACUCGAUCGAUGUUUAUGUGUGCUGUUUGACGGUCGCAUUGCUCGGUCUCGGCGGCGUCUGGAAAAUUUGUAAGCUCUUGAAAUGGGUCUGUGGCAGGCGCACGUCACCCAAAACCAAGCAACAAUAAAUAGCGCAUGAUGUACUCGUGAUCACUGCAAAUACA